AUUUCAAACAUCGAUGUUCUUCUCCUCCGACGAAGAACUAGACUCUGCUCCUCCGUCAAAUCUCCGGCGCAACCGUUCGAUUUGCCAGACCCCGAUGAUGAAAUCAUCGCUUCGGUGGAGGCAUCAGAAACUCCCACCGCAUGUAUCUCCGUCUUUUUGGAUUCUCCGCCGCGGUUGCAUGUAUCUCUGUCGGCAACUCUUUCGAUCCCUCUCCACUUCCAAUCCUUUUCUCCUCCUUCCCUCAAAGCCUCGGUGGAUGCAUCAGAGGUUGAGGAUUUCCAAAAUGAUUUCUACGAAACAGGCAUCUUCCGGUGAUACAAAAAAGAUUGUUGGAGUUUUCUACAAGGCCAACAAAUACGCUUCCAAGAAUCCUAACUUCCUUGGCUGUGUCGAGAAUGCUUUAGGAAUCCGCGACUGGCUUGAAUCACAAGGACAUCAAUACAUCGUCACUGAUGACAAAGAAGGCCCAAACUGCGAACUUGAGAAACAUAUCCCGGAUCUUCACGUGCUAAUAUCAACUCCUUUCAAUCCGGCAUAUGUAACUGCUGAAAGAAUCAAGAAAGCCAAGAACUUGCAGCUUCUCCUCAGAGCUGGCAUUGGCUCCGAUCACAUCGACCUGAAGGCAGCAGCAGCUGCUGGUCUAACGGUUGCUGAAGUCACUGGAAGCAACGUGGUCUCUGUAGCAGAAGACGAGCUCAUGAGAAUCCUGAUCCUCAUGCGCAACUUCGUACCAGGGCACCAGCAGAUCAUCAAUGGCGAGUGGAACGUCGCGGGCAUUGCACACAGAGCUUAUGAUCUAGAAGGGAAGACGGUAGGAACUGUGGGAGCUGGAAGAAUCGGAAGGCUUCUUUUACAAAGGUUGAAACCAUUUGGGCAUGACCGGCUUCAGAUGGAACAAGAGCUGGAGGAAGAGAUUGGAGCUAAACACAUGGAGAAUCUGAAUGAAAUGGUUACCAAAUGUGAUGUCAUAGUCAUCAACACUCCUCUCACAGAGAAGACAAGAGGAAUGUUCAACAAAGAGAUGAUAGGGAGAAUGAAGAAAGGGGUUUUGAUAGUGAACAAUGCGAGAGCAGCCAUCAUGGAGAGGCAAGCGGUGGUUGAAGCGGCGGAGAGUGGACACAUUGGAGGGUACAGUGGAGAUGUGUGGGACCCGCAACCAGCUCCUAAGGACCAUCCAUGGCGUUACAUGCCUAACCAAGCCAUGACUCCUCACAUCUCCGGCACCACCAUUGAUGCUCAGCUACGAUAUGCAGCAGGGACCAAAGACAUGUUGGACAGGUUCUUUAAAGGGGAAGACUUCCCUGCGCAGAAUUACAUCGUCAAGGAUGGUGAAAUUGCUCCUCAGUACGUGUGAGCUUUUUUCGACUAUUAAAAUCUCAUAUCCAAACUGGACAAAGCAAAGCUUACUAUACUAAAUAAAUUUUGUCUAUUUGAAAUCGUUGUAAUAAAACAAGAA